AUGACCCUGCAUCUUUGUACGUGCGCUGGAAACAAAGCCAUUGGAAUGACGUCCCUUCAAUCAAUUGUGCUUUUUCUGUGGUUGAGUACAUUGUGCAUAGCCCAGGUAAGCCUAAAGCGUUGUUUGUUCACAUUUCUCAUCACUUCUCAGUUUUAAGAGCUGAAGGUUAACAAAAGCAAAAAAAUCGAUCGACGCGUUCGCUUCUGUGGGGCUUGUAGGGUCGCUGCAUGGGAAGUCGAUUUGAAGUUAUGUCGGCAGUUUCCACUAAAACUUAUUUCAGAGAUAUCCGUUGACAUUUGAGUCUUGCCCGUCCAAGGAAGAGUUCGAAGUGGGUCAGCUUUGAACAGAUAACAGCCGAUGUAUUUUUCUUGAAGGUGAGGAGUAGUUCCGACGUGGUUAAAGCAGUUUUGUGUCGGGUCACGCGAUGCCCUCUUGGAUUAGUCUCUAAGAUCUCUAAAUUUCACAAAGUCAAACUAUAAUUCGCUGGUGUUUGAAUCAGCUGUUAACGUUAAAGGCUUUGAACUAUCAGUCUCGAUUGAUUGGUGUACUUUAAGUUGGAUUCAAUUCAGAUCUGCUGGUGGUGGUAAUCUAGGUAAGCUCAAUCUGAGAGGGGAAAUGUCACUCAAAUUGCUGAGUAUUUUUCAGCAGUAACCAUAAUUAAACGUUUCAGAGGCUUUGACAUGACGUGUAGCCUUUCGAGAGAAGUGAAACAUUUUUGAAUAGCUUAGCUCGACUAUCAACGAAGAUACUCAUCAAUGCUAAUUGCUGCUAAGAUCAACAAACUCACUCCAGACGCUGCAAGGAUAAUCAAAUUCGUUUUGCUCCCUGCCAAGAUCCGAAAAUUCCUUCGAAUUUCUGCUAGGAUCGGCAAAUUCAUUCUAGACGCUGCAAGGAUCAGCAAAUUUGUUUUGCAUAUGCAGCUUGGAUCAGCAAAUUCUGCCAAGAUCAGCAAUUUCAUUCUAAAUGCCGCUAAGAUCAGCAAAUUCGUUCUGUACACUGAUAGGAUUCUAAUUGCUGUUAGGAUCAGCAAAUUCAUUCUAGACGGUACUGGGAUCAGCAAAUUUGUUCUGCAUAUGCUGCUUGGAUUAGCAAAUUCUGUCAAGAUCAUCAAUUUCGUUCUAAAUGCCUCUAAGAUUAGCAAAUUCGUUCUCAACACUGAUAGGAUUCUAAUUGCUGCUAAGCACAGGAAAUUCAUUCUAGACGCUGCUAGGAUCAGCAAAUUUCUUCUGCAUACUGCUUUGAUCAGUCAAUUCUUCUGCAUAUUGCCAAGAUCCGCAAAUUCGUUGUGAUUGCUGUUAGGAUCAGCAAAUCCGUUCUUUUCACUACUCGGAGCAGCAAAUUCGUUCUUCGGUCUGAUUCAUCCGAUCUUAAAUUAAACAUAUAUGAAGUGUCUUAUUUAGCGAAAGCGAUUUAAGGGGUUAAUUUUCAAGCUUUGUCCUUCAGUAGAGGAUCAAAAGACACUUAUUUCUCCUGGGGGCGAGACAUUCAGUUGUAAUGAUCUUGUUUCAGAAAAAAUUUCAUAAACCACACGAAGGGCUAUUGCAUCUGGUAUGAUCAGUGUACCACUGGCGAUAAACCACUCAACUGCUUCUAUAACGGACCAGCUAAAAAUUUAACCGAUCCAGAAGGCGUGCAGAUACUGAACAGUUUAUGUCCAGAAUUAAGGGGUCAACAUACUUGCUGUUCGACCGAACAGCUGGUGGCGUUGGAUGAGAACUUGCAAACGAUGCUGGAGCUUACCAAUCGUUGUCCUGCCUGCUGGAACAACAUUAGGAGGUUGUACUGUCAGCUGACAUGCAGUCAAGAUCAGUCGCUUUUCACGAAUCCCAAUCUUGUCAUCCCAGUGUCUGAGGGGAGAGAAGCCGUUGUCAGGGUGGAGUACUUUGUAUCACCCCAAUUCAAACAAGGUCUGUUCGAGUCCUGCAAGGACCUAACCCUUGAGGGGUACACGAACUUAAAAUUGUUCUGUGGUACGAUAGGCAAUGAGAGGCCUGAGUGUACCACAGAAAGUAUGAUCCGUUACAUGCAAAGCACGGAAAGCGGACUGGCACCAUACGCUUUUGAUAUCUACUUCCCUGACAUAUUACCAAGAAACCUGUCGUGGAUGAACGAAACUACUUUCAAAUGCAACAAGCCUUUUAUCGAUCCGCAAUCGAACAAGACAGCAAACGUUUGUACCUGUCAAGACUGUGUCGGCUCCUGUCCGAGGCGAUUAGAACAGUUGAUCAUAACAUCCACGCACCCCACUCCGACAGGGUAUCACAGGUAUAGAGACAACAAGUGGAUUCCUUUUGGGCCAAUGUUUCACUUGGAACUCUUAAAUCAGGUACAGUUGAUACCUUAGAGUAUGAACUAACUUAAAUUAAGCUAGUACAAAAUUUCACGUACUCACAUAAAAUUUUUCAGAGACCAGACCCGCGAGAAAAUUAACCGUCUUCAGUCUGAUGAUCCCUUCGUGCGUAAAAUUUGAACAGCAAUUUUUGUCCCUAAACGUUUCAUUUGACUCUGUAUAUUUAUGCAAACAGUAGUCUUAGGAUAAGAGCCGGAAACAAAUCUCCAUAUCGUAUUUACCAUUUUUUUUCUUUUUAUAGGCCCUAGAUCUUCAAAAUGCUAUCACAAACAUAAAAGUGCCAUUUGGGGAUUCCAGCGUUACCUUCGCGGACAUUUGCUUUAAACCGACGGGCCACCUACCUUUAGCUCCUAACACGACCGAACGAUGUGAAAUCCAGAGUGUCUUCCAGUAUUUCCAGAAUAACAAAACGAAGUUGAACAAAUGCCUUACUGCCUUAGGCUAUAAUUGUAGCGUUCCUGACUUCAAAGCUGCUGACUUCCACGAUCACCUCUUGUUUUACACGAGGUAAGAAAUCCUGUGAGCAAGUGCUUCUUUUUCAGCUCAACAAAUCAAACCGCGCAAUUCAGGAGUCUCUUCUUUUCAAACUUGAAACAACGGUUUGUUGCAUUUCGUUUAGUUUUAUGCUUUACCAUGGUGCUGCUGAUUUUAGAACACUUUCAGAGGUUAAAUAGGGAUUUUCAAGUGUUUUAAAAAUGAAACCUUCAAAUUUGUCAGCGAAAAGAACGUAUAUAACUAAUCUAGUUCCCAGUCUUCUUUGCGCUAGCGCCAGUAAUUUGGUGCGCAUGUCUCUUCGGGAACGGCCUCGUUCUGUUUGACCAAGACCCUUUCCGUAAGAUACCUAGUACUUGCGGGUUCCCCACAGAUGUGUUUUAGUUAAGGUUCGCCUUUACCUUAAACAGACUUAAUUAUCGAGACAUAGAUCAGCAUUGAAAAUUAUAAAAACAGAUUGACACCAAGAGAAUAUCAGUGAAUAACCUCUUGUAGAAACAGAUAGAUUUCCUCCAACUUACUCUCUUCUUAAAGUAGACUUGAUGGUGCAUUUCAUACAAAAUUCAACAUUAUUGCCACUUACUCUUCAUAUACUAGCUAACUCCAUUGUUUUUUUUUUACAUAUUAGAUGUCCCUCGUCUUCAAUGGAUCCGCGACUCAAAGAACCUUGCAUCAGUGCGUUUGGAGGUGUUAUAAACCCUAAACUUGUAUUGGGUGGAUACCCGUACGAUGUAUACCAAAACGCUACAACCCUAAUGAUUUACUUUGCAGUAAAUAAUUACAAAGACGAAAGCAAGCUGGCAGAAGUAAUUACUUGGGAAAAGGCCUUCAAGGAGUUCAUGGCAGAUUAUGUAAAUAACACCGCGCACGCCAAUCUCACUAUUGCAUACUUUACACCAGAAUUGAGAUCUAAUGACGUUGAGGUCCAGUUUGACCUAAGGGCUUAGUCUAUUUCGUCAAUCGUUGCGCUAAUUACGAACAGGGCGAAGCUAUUUUUCCUUGAAACCGAACGGUUAUAGUUUUGACUUUCCGCGCGUCUUACGUGACUUGGCUUAAUCCGCUGCUCUACCUUAUGUAUGCAUUAGCUGGCUCUUUAUAGCCUGUAUCUUUGUAACUGAUUAGUUGAUAUGGUGGUGUAGAGUAGUUUUUUUUUCGUCAUCCAUGCUAAUCUUUAAGGUUUCCUUUAGAAGCUUUGAGUGAAACGACGGGGGUGGUCUUAGAGAAGUGAUCAACAAGUAUUUCUAUCCACCAAUUUCAAUACUGACAAUACCCAGCGAACAGUUUGUCUACACAAAACCGUUCAAAGUGUGGAUUGUUAAUUUUCUGUUUCAAAAAGAUUUUCUGAACUCAAGUACAAACUAGAAAGAACAAUCGCCCAAGUUAUAGAAGUGCAUAAAUCGAAUGACCCUUAGUGUUUCAAAGUUAUAAAUGUCUAGAAAAUGGUUGAGUAAAAUCAGCGUUUAAUAGUGUUCAUUCUGUCUAGUUUUAUCAAUACUGUGCACGAUGGCAACGGUGAGCAACAUCUGACAUAUUUGCUGGUAUUUCUUUGUGUGGUGGAAAAUUCAGCAUUUAAUUCUUUUUUGUCUUAUGUACCUUAAAAAGCUUGAGAAGCCUCCCUCAUUGCUGUGUUUCGUCAUAUCACGCAAUGCCUUAUGGUAAGGAGAUAGCGUUUUACGUGACAGAACUGAACAACGUCUGCCACGUGGGACUAAUACAUAGAUAUGCAAUACAUAGAAUGUUGUUUUUCCAUAGGAUCUUACGACAAAAACUAAAUUAAAUUUCCUUAACAAUUUUGAACAAAAUCGGAUUUUAUAAUCCAUCAAAUAUUUUUGUUCGCGUGCGAUUGGUCGGAACGCAUCCGAAGAUAUCACCCAAGUGAUAUUGCCCAAUUUUCAAACCUUACAUCCAUUAGGAUCAGUCUUCGUUUACAAAUUAAUUCGAGAUGGGAAAGCGUUUUAUGUUAGUUACAGAAGAAGGGAAUUAUUAUUCAAACCUCAGAACUUUGGAUUUUGCACUCUGAUGCUCUACCACUGAGAAACAGAGACUCUAUAGUGAGCGAGGCCCAUUAUGAAGUUCAUAUCUGACAUGCAUCCUGCAUACUGCAAGGCUUAUCUCAUUAUGAAGUUCAUAUCUGACAUGCAUCCUGCAUACUGCUAGGCUUAUUUUAGAUGCUGAUACUCACGAAAACUCAGUCAAGCUUUUUAACAAAUUACAUUGGCUGCCUAUAGACGAUAUCACACGUAUUAGGAAGCUUUAUUUGCUUCAUAAAAUAAAUCAAGGACAUUGCCCGGCUUAUUUUGAUAAAUAUAUUGAACAUAUAAGUAACACCCAUAAUUAUAACACGAGAUCCGCUUCUAAUAACAAUAUUACAACACCAGCUUGUAAAAGGAACUCUGGCCUUAGAACGUUUCACUCAAGCGCUUGCCGUUUGUGGAACGCUCUUGAUCCCGAACCAAAGACACUCUCUCAUACUAAUUUUAAAAAUUACUUAGUUAAAUUUUACCGUAGUAUGACUUCUUUUCUUGAUCAUUUUAAGAUUCGUAAAACUUUUAAGUUUUAUUAGUAGUAAAUCAAUCAAUAUUGUAUUAAUAGUAGUUUCUUAAUGUAAUUUUAGUUUGUAGAUUAUAUAGGUAGUCAACUAUUUAAUCGAUACAUUUUAGUACUGUAGGAGGGCCAUUAUGAAAACUACUGGGUGACCAGUAAUCAAUGUCUUUACCCUCGUUAAAUAAAGUUAUUA